AAAAGAGGAUAAAGGAAGAGCAAUGGGGUCAAUUGCAUACAUGACCGGUGAUUGAUGAGGGUGCCAUUGCCUCAACAUUAGAGGCAGUUGUGUUGGCUUCUGUUACCGAGACGCUUCGAUGUGAAGCUGCAGAGGCCGUGCGUGUGAUCUUGGAGGAAUUGAAGCCGUUAGAAGCAUCGAAGAGAGAGGCGACCGCAACGCUGCUGACAGAUAUUUCUCAAGCAGAAGAGGACAUUCAACAAGGUGGGUGUGAACCAUACAGUGAAUGGGGGGGGGAGUUGUAGUACACCUUUUGCUUAUCCUAUUCUACAGUUGGGUGAUUCACUUAGUGAUUUUGAGGAGAAAUCCUCUGACACACUCCCUGCAACACAAACGUGUGUGGGGGAGGAUAAUGAGCAGCCUGGUUCUCCAGAACCAAUAGAAUUAGUCGACUUGAGCGGACUCUCUGAUCUAUUUUCAACCUCACAACGACAGUCAAUUCACCAGGAUCAAUAUACACAGACAGAGGUUGACGGUCGUGCAACUGAGGAUUUGACAUUAGGGGGUGUGGGUGAAAUGGUCAACAGAUUUGAUAAAUUCGAAUGCAUGCUGAACAGUAAAUUAGCAGAAAUACAGAGGUAUAACAAAGAACAAACUGAAUCUUUGAAUAGUAAAAUUACUGAAUUAGAAAAACACAACAAAAACUUAUUAAAUACUGUCCUGGCCCAGUGUAAAUCAGAUCUAUUAUAUAGAAGUAUUCUGACUUCUGACAUUGGUGAUCUGCAUACAGCCAGUGGAGAACUGGUUAGAAGCCAGAAUCAUAUAGUUAAGUUUCUAGCUGAUAUAUCAAACAUCCUAAAAAGCAGACCUGCAUCAUAGCGGUCAACUAAUAGCGGAUAACAUGUCACCUCGUAGAAAAAAUUUCAAAUAUAGCGAUGACGCUGGUCGUAACGCUGCUAAUGAUGAUGUUAAUGAGGUUGAUAGUGAUGAUGAAAUCUCUCAUGUCCCUCAUACUGUCGAAGAAUAUAUAGCCAUUAGUGAUCAAUAUGCAAUGAGACAUGGGCUUCCACAAUGUCCCAGUACAAUACCGAAACUAUCAGAAAGUGGUCUGAAUUCAACAAUGCUAGGUUUAAUUCUAUUUCCUCGGUUUUAUAUGGUCUUAUUACUGAUUUAACUGUCCCUGUGUCUGCUGGUGCACAUGCCUCUGUGUCUGCUGAUGCUGGUGGUAAAUGUGCCUGUGUGUCUGCUGCUGCAAAUUCCUCUGUGUCUUCCGUUGAUGAUCAUAAUGCUUUGAUCAGUGCUACUGCCUUUGUUGAUGACAAUGCUUUGAAUAACGAACACCAUGGCUGUGUGUGGUAAUGGCGAAGCUUCUCUGAGUGUAGACAGUGUUAUCAGAUUUGUACAGGAGGGGGCGGGUAGACUUGUAGAAAGCACCCGUGCACCUGUUAGAGAUAUACAAAUUAGAAACAUACCCGCAUUUAAUGCCUCUGAUUUGCGUCAGCGUGUUGAUUUUAGAGAUAUUAAUCUUGAUAAUCCCGAGCAGAUGCCUAACCGAGUUAGAGAGAGACGGUCUGGUGUGAUUGAGAGAGCCUUAGAGGAUUCGCCACCCAGUAGUGUUUUAAAUGUCAUCUUGAGAGGCCCAUCACUGGCUAGCGAUGUACAAGCCGUCUUAAAUGCAGAUAAUGAAUACAAUGUGGAUUUGUUCAUGGAGGAAAUAUCACAGGUCUUAAAAGCAAUGACGAUUCUAUGACAGACGACGAAUUGGAGUUUAUUGUUACGGUUGCCAGGGAUAGUAGUGGUGGAUCACAUCGGCUGAGAUUGGAUCAAGUUUCCUAUGAUGAAAUUUUAGCCAAAAAAGGUUGACAUCUGUACAAUCCUGACAAUAUGGGGAACAACAAUCUAUGUUUUUCUAUCUGUCUUACACAUUUUGUUAACAAUACUAUGGCACAGGAUGAAAAAUUGGAAUAUGCAAGACAACUGUACACUGCUGUCGGUUUUGAUCACAUGCACAAAGUAUCGUUCUCCGAUGUCACCAAAUUUGAGAAACACUUAGACAUGAAAAUAAUAGUCUUCCAUCAUGGCCCUGCGCGUAAACGCUUGCAGUGUUUCCAAACAUGCGAUGCACCACACAAGCGUACAGUCUGGUUAUACCUACACAAUGACCACUACUAUCUGAUUGAAAACCAGACAGGGUUUUUCAGUGCUUUAUAUGUGUGUGAGUAUUGCUAUGAUACAUAUGAAACGCCUCUGUACCACAACUGUAAGCAUCGAUGCAAUGUCUAUUUUACACAGGAGUGUCACUUACCAAGGUCGCAUGUUAAAGUGCCCUGACUGUAAACGCAUUUGUAAAUCACAAUUCUGUUUCAAGCAACACAAGGUACAUGAAGUAAAACACAAAGUUAUACCGUGUACAGCAUUAAAAUACUGUGAGGCAUGUGGAAAAACAUACAAGGUUGGUAAAAAAAUGCACAAAUGCGCACCCAUUGUCUGUUCACACUGUGGCGAACAAAGAUUGGAAAGCAGUGUGCCACAUGAAUGCUUUAUCCAGCCAAUCGAGAAGGCUGAUCCACAGAGAAAGUACAUCUUGUUUGAUUUUGAGACACGUUUCAACGAUGGCAAACACGAGGCAAAUUGUGUGCUCAAUGGAUAUUGAUGGAAACAAGUUUUGUUUCAACACAUUAAAAUGCGUGGAUGCCUUUGUGAAACGGUACAGACGGCCCAAAUACCGUGGGUAUAUGUUCAUUGCGCACAACGCAUCAGGCUUUGACAACUACAUUCUGCUUGAGUACUUUGUCAAACAAAGGAUCACGCCUAUGGUGACGAUGAGGUAGCAGGGUCAUUCUGAUGUACGACAGUACAUACCGACAGAGGUGGAUUGAUUCGUUCAGUUUCUUACCCAUGAGACUAGCCAAAACACCUGCUGCCUUGGGGUUUGAGGAUUUGGAGAAAGGCUAUUUUCCCCACAAGUUUAACACUAGGGAGAAUGAGCACUACAUAGGCCCAUACCCUGCCCCAUCUCAAUAUGGGUAUGACACCUUGUGUGAAAGUGAGAAAACCUCUUUCAUGCAAUGGUAUGACACAGUCCGAGAUGAAACUUUUGAUUUUCAAGCUGAGAUUCGUCGCUACUGUGUUAAUGAUGUGGCAGUGUUGCGCCGGGCAUGCACCAUUUAUCGUGAAACAUUUCACGACUGUACACAGCUUGACCCGUUUGCGUUUACCACUCUACCAUCCAGUUGUAUGGGUGUAUUCAAAACACUGUUCCUACCCAGAGACACUAUAGCCCUCACAUAUGAAGGUGCAUACACCAAACAGAAUAAGACAUAUUCAGAUGUGUCUAUGCAGUGGCUUGAAUAUGUGGCCCGUACAGAAAACAUUGAGAUGCAACAUGCAAUCAAUCGUGGUGAACAGCAAUUCGGCCCAUACUUUGUGGACGGGUACAAUCCAGCUACAAACACCUGCUAUGAAUUUGCAGGAUGUUUUUUUCACAGAUGUGUCAAAUACCAUGUUCAGGCAGAUUUAAAUCCAGUCACCAAAGUCUCCUAUGGCGAGCUAUACCGUGCUUUCAAUGAAAAAAUAAACAAAUUGGAAACACAACAUGGCCUUCGCUCUGUAGUGAUGUGGGAGUGUGAAUGGGGGUUGUUGUCAAAAUCAAACUCUGCAGUACAAACAUUUCUGACCACAUACAAAAAAACGGAACGACUCGAUUCCAGGCAGGCUCUCUUUGGUGGGUGUACAAAUGCCAUGAAACUGUAUCACAUGGUGGAAAAUGACGAAAAGAUUUGGUACUACAACUUCACAAGGCUGUAUCCCACAGUUCAGGCAAAAAAACUGUACCCGGUUGGACAUCCCCAGGUUAUCCAUGGGGACUUUGAUUCCAUCGAUAAUUAUUUUGGGUUUGUAAAAUGUACUGUGCUCCCGCCAAGAGGUUUGUUCCACCCAGUCUUGCCCUACAGGUGUCAAAACAAGCUCAUGUUCCCGCUGUGCAGCAAGUGUGCUGAAGGUUUGAACCAAACAUCUGAUUGUGCUCAUAGUGACAGUGACAGACAGCUGUCAGGUGUGUGGGUCUCGUUUGAGCUUCAGAAAGCGGUAGAAAAGGGUUACCAGAUAGUCAGCAUUGACGAAGUGUGGCAUUUUCCCAACAAGACAGACACAUUGUUUAAAGGGUAUGUGAAAAUGUUUCUGAAAUGUAAAAAAGAGGCUUCUGGCUACCCAGGGCAUGUCAAAACACCUGAUGAACAAAAGAAGUACAUUGAUGACCUAUUUUGAAAAAGAGGGCAUUAAACUGGAUGCUAACAAAAUCUGUGUCAACAAAGCUGUCAGGAGCUGUAAUAAGUUACUCCUAAACUCUUUGUGGGGCAGAUUUAGCAUGAGGAACAACAUGCCUUCAGGCGAGUUGAUCACUGAACCAUCCAGGUUUACACAACUGAUGUUCAGUGACCAUUACGAUGUGAAGCAAUUCUGCUUCAUGUCAGAUGAUGUGGCUAUGGUGCAGUGGCGCCAUGCGGACAGUAGGGGUUCCCGAAUAAAAGACGUCAAUGUCUUCGUUGGCGCUAUGACGACUGCUCACGCUAGACUUAUGUUGUAUGACCUCCUGGACAAACUGCAGCAGCGAGUGUUGUAUUGUGACACCGAUAGUGUUGUUUUUACAUUGCAGCCUGGUGAUUGGGUCCCUCCCCUAGGUCCCUACCUAGGGGACUUGACAAAUGAGAUAAACGAUGGUAAUGUGUGUGGAACCCCCGAGGAAGACUUCAUCACAGAGUUUGUGUCGGGGGGGUUCCAAGUGCUACUCAUAUCGCACGAGACAGGGCAAGACGCAGGUAAAAUGCAAAGGCAUAACAUUAAACGCAAACAACGCCAAUGUGGUUACUCACACGUCAUUGUCAGGUCUAGUACACGCAUUUGUGGCCAAUAAGAACACAGGGGCAAGCGUGAUGACUGUAUCUGAAACCAUCAAACGUGAUAAAAAGAAGUUUCAUCUGAAAAACGAGACAGUUUUUAAGAAAGUCCAGGUGGUGUACAAUAAGCGUAGAGUGUUUCAGGAUUACACCACUCUGCCUUAUGGAUACUAGAUUGGACCUGGGUUUUGAUGGCAGACUACAGCAUCCGUUUAGCCUGGUGGUAAGCGGUCCUUCAAAUUGCGUAAAGACAUUUUUUGUCAAGAAUGUUAUAGAAAACGCCUCAAAAGCCAUUUCACAGUGUUGAUAAUAUUGUCUACAUUUACUCGUGCUGGCAACCUUUAUAUAACCAACUCCUUAAGACAAGGGAUAUUAACUUUGUGAACGGUUUACCAGAAUCUGUGUGACUGUGCUUCUACCCCCAGACAAAAAUAAUCUACUCAUCAUAGACGAUUUAAUGAAUGAUGCCAGUAACAACAUAGAAGUACAAAUUGUUUUUACCAAAUAUGUACAUCAUAGAAAUCUAAGUUGUAUAUAUUUAGUGCAAAAUCUAUUUAUUCAAGGCAAGUCUAGCCUAACUAUUAGUUUAAACACCAACUACCUUGUUUUGUUUAAAAACCCCCGGGAUAAAUAUCAGAUUACUUUAUUGGGUAGACAGAUGUUUCCUGGCAACACCAAAUAUUUUUUGGAGGCAUUUAAUGAUGCAACUAGUUCCGUUUACGGUUAUCUACUUAUAGAUUAUAAAGCUAAGACACCCGACUUUUUACGACUCAGAACAGGAUUGUUAUCAGACCAAUCGGUUGUGUGUAUAUAUACCUAAAAAGCAGAAGGGUGAGUAUGUCGUCACGUAUGCAGAGGAAUCUGGCUCUGCUGGAGUUGUUAUAUAAAUCGAAGCCGCACAUGCAAAGGGUUAUUGUGAUUAAUGCAAACACAGACUUUAUUCACGCUCUGUGUGAAAUAGCUCUCAAUGUAACGCGUGGUAACAUGCCUCUAACUGACCAGCAAUACAAACAGUUGAAAAAGAAGAAGACAAUCAUUAGACUCAUUGCAGACAAACAAGUCAAGCAUUUUAAAAAGAAAAAGUCUAUAAAUCAGACUGGUGGAUUUUUAUUACCUCUGCUAGGUGCAGCUAUUCCUUUUAUAGCCGGUCUUCUACAUCGGUAGUAAAAUGGAGCACACCCAAAAAAUGUUUUUGGUCCCUCAACAACAACUGGACUCCUUAAAGCAACAGCAGCAGCAGGAACAAAACAGCGGAUCCAUAAGACAAACGGUACAAACUGAACUAGAUAGAGCCAUGACUGAUGUAUUGAAACUACUGGACACAGACAUGUAUGAGAAGGCCAAAAAAUAUGCGAAUAUUCUACAGCGCUACCUGUCUAUGGUGAGACAGGGUGAAAGGGAAAAGGGUGUAUUGACCUUAUCAUUACCUGUAAGUGAAAGUAGUGAUACACAUGGCUCGAGACUCAACGUUACACCCAGUGUUGAUAAUGUUAACUCUAAAAAGGAUCCGAUAUUAGAUGAAGUUUUAAAACAUAUGCCCAAAAGAAAUCUGAGAAAUGCCGAUUAUAUAUUGGAAGCGAAUAACCCGGUCAAAAAAUUUGAUAUCUUGGACUGAUCAGGGAGAAAUUGUUAUUAACAACCAACCUGUCAGGGGUACACACUUGUACAAUUUAGUAAAAAGUGUCACGGCCUCACAUCAUUCAUCAGACAGCUCUAGACCCAUGGGAUGGGAAUUGUUUUUAAAAACAUUGGGCAGUUUAAAUGUACCUCUAUCUGCCAUCCCAAACACCCUGGUGCGUCGAUCUAUUUCUGAAUAUAAAGGAGGUGAUGAUACAAACAGCGAAAGUAGCUUUAUGACCCAUGACAAACCCAACAGCAGGAAAAGGGGAAAACAUUCACUGACUGGUUCACAAAAGUUUAGCACGCCCCUCAGUACACCCUGGGCAAAGCAUUUUAAGUCCCCUAGGAUGGACAGUACUGAAUGGUUAUAUUUUUGAAUUCUUUGUAACAGUGUAAAAAAAAAUGAUAUAUUUUUAUAUCUUCUUUAUGAUGUUUUUAAAUGAAUGUAUUUUUUUCUACUUUUUCUUCGUGCCCAUGUUUAAAUGAUUGUGUUUUUAUUUUCUUUGUGACAGUGUUAUCUAUCGAAAUUGUACAAUUCAAAUUUUGAUGUCUUCGUUGUUGAAAACUGUGAUACCUGAAUAAAUAUGAGUGUUGACAAAAUCCCGUUUUCGUAAUGUUUUUUAUUUUCAAAAUUAUCAUUACAUCACAUAUUUAUUCCCAGAUUGUAAACAUUUAAAAUUACACCCAAGACAUACACUAGGUUGUAUUUUGUUAACAAAUUUACAUACCAGAGUGUCAUUACAUACAGGAUUAGUGUUGUACAUGUUUAUCACACUAUUAUAAGUCAUUCCUUUUUGAAUAUGACAUAGAAAAAACAAACAAUGCUGCCCACAGGUGAUAGCAUGUUUAUCCUGAACCUGUCUUCUACAAUAAGACACAUCUGUACAGUUUUUAGCCAGGAACCUGUUUAUUUCCUUUGGAAAAUUAUUCCAGUCAGGGGGGUUACCAAAACUGUCAAAGAAACAUCCUUGUUUGUAUUUUGUAAUAUAAAUAGCCAGCCAAUGCUCACCAGGCAUGUUAGAGGGAUGUGUGUUUACAAUCAGCAUAGCUGGGAACUUACAAAUAUAGUGUUUAGGCAGUUGAUUGCACGCUAAAAUACCCAAGAAAUUUGUACCAUUAAUAAUUCUUUUUCUAACAAUGCUAGUUAGUUCUAUUGUUUUCAUAGUGUUUUAGUAGUAGUCCAUGAGCACUUGUCUCCUGUUUGAUAUCUCAAUAACCAAGUCAAAAACAGAAUAACAUAUCAAAUUAACGGUUCGCGGCAGAGGGUUUCUAAAACGAGCUUCCAUCCUCACAUUGCCUGUUUUAAUUAGCGAAACGUUCCCUGAACACCCCUCGUCUGGUUCCAGGUUGAAACAGAAUAAUGAAUAACCAGUGCCAAAAUCUGGUCUUGAGAUGGCCAGUGAUCUGUCUUUUAGGUGACGACCAGUGGUUUGUAUCAGUUGGUAAUACUCUCUUGCGUACUGCCCUCUCGCAAGUUGUGGUUGAAAUGGUUUUGCGGGGUAAGAUUGUCCGUCUGCAUAUAGACACAUAAACUCUGUGUCGUAGUGAUGGAAAUUAAAUGGGUUACGUGCAUAACUCCCAGUAUAUCCCUCGUUGUCCACAAAUGCUAUGAUAACAAAUUUAGGGAUGUGCCCUAUGUAGAGAUUUUCCUGGUUGCACACCCGUGUCCCAGCCGGGAUAGAGAAAGUUUUCAGUGCCACUCUGUCAAUAGCAUAUUUAGCAUUAGUGUGCUGCAGAGCCCUGCUGUGAGCCAACCUGACAGUGGGUGCAACAGAAACUUUUUUUACAAAUACACUGACCGAUACAAUCUUAAAGCGAUACUGGUCAUUUCCAGCAGUCAUUAGAGAGAACUCAUCUUUGGACCGUAUGAAU